UGAAAGUGUUAAUAUAGCUAGCAACUAACCGCGAAGUAGGCUACUAGCGACAGCAGUCCUACGCCCUCCUCCUAAUCUGCUUUCCCAUCAUCCGUUUUCAGUUGCUCUAGUAAUUUGUCGGGACAACACGGAAAUUGUUCAUCUCGAGUUCUGAAGAUCAACGGCUUCUGGAAGACCGUCUUUAUGGCUUGUGUUCUUUUUAUUUACGAUUUUAUUUUUCGACCUUGGCCAUAAUAGAGUCACUGUGUCAUAAAGUCAAGAAAGAUUAUUUGAAAUUCCGAGGAUUGUACAAAAUGAACUCGGCGAUUAGCGCGGACCUCCUGUUCAAGGGAUUUUUCCUACUUACUUCUUGCUGGGCGGCUUUUGCUUCGGUGCCAAGCGAAACUGGCUCGCUCCCUCCGCCGAGUCACCUGACCGUGAACUUCAGCAGUGAUUUCUGCGUGAACUUGUGGUGGAGCCCGCCGGAGAAUUUGAGCGCCAGCGCACCUGCCGUUAAAUACUUAAUAACGGCAACUACGCAGGGUGGUACUUGGUGUACGCUGAAUACCUUCCUCCGGGAGUGCCGGGACACAGAGGACGGGGUGACGUACUCGGUUCGGGCCUAUCCCGGGAGCUGUGAGCGCGGGACCGGCAGCAGCGCGGCGGUCGUGACCGUCCCUCCGCGUACAGAAAAGCUGGUGAAAGAUUUCGGGUGCGUUUACUACACGUCCGGAGCCAUGAACUGCACCUGGCGCCCGACAGACGAGGCCAGAGACCUGCAGCUCUACUACUGGUAUGAGCCCAUGCCCCAGGCCUUGCACUGUGACCACUACCUGUACAGCGGGCGCGAUAAGACAGGCUGUCACCUCUAUGGAGACUUCCUCAAUUUCUCCAGUGUGAAGAACGAGAUCUUCUUCCUCCUCAAUGGAACACAGGGUUCGUUCAGGCGGAAGAACACCUUCAGAGUGGACCCAUAUCUCCACAUGAAGCCCUCCCCCCCGAACCUGAGCCUGAACCUCACCGUGGAGGGGCACAUGCUGCGGCUGCGUUGUGACCCCCCCGCUGGGUUUAAGGCCAGCUGCUGGGACUGCAAAUAUCGCUACAGGAGCAGCGGGUCCGCAGGCUGGCAGGAGAGGUACAAAACCGAGGACAAACCGGUGGACGUCCCAUACAACCGGCGCCUGCGGUACCAAGUGCAGGUGAAGGCCGUGUGCAAGGGCAUCUGCGGCACCGGGUCCAGCGAUUGGAGCGAAACGCAGUCCUUCGGUGAAGAGCAAUCCGAUUGGUCCUUUCACGUGGCCCUUGUCGCCAUUCCCGUCGUGGUCAUUGUUUGCGUCGUCUUGUUCCUGCUUUUCUUUAAGAGACUCCACGUCUGGAUCCUGCCCCAGAUCCCCGACCCAAUGACGUUGUUCAAAGAGCUGGUCAACAGCAAGGAGGCUGGAGGCUCACAUCUCACAGAGAAUGCCGCUAUGCCCCACAGCAAGAACCCGGAGAAGCAGAUGCUGUACGUGCCCGAGGAGCCGGAGCUUUGCGUGAACGUCCAGGUGGAGGAGCCCGACCUCGCCGUGACCUCGCCGUGACCCCCGCCGUGACCCUGUGACCCCCGCCCUCUGUCCCCCCCCUGCCGCUGGCGGACUGGCGAGGGAGAAGAGCGGAUUCUUCAUCGUCUCGUUUAAGAAAACGCGCUCAGGGAGAAACGCGCCCGCGUCCCUUCUGUGCGCCGCGCGAACGUGUGAACGUCGGGCCCCGUAAAGACCGCUCCUGCACCCCUGCCACCACCCCCCCCCCCAACCCCCGGAGACCCCGGUGCCUUCUGGGCACGCAAGGAAACAAAUCCCUUCCUGUGUUUUUUCCUUUUCAUCUGUAACAGCUUGCAGCCAGUGUCCUCUGUAGGCUUCUGCACGCCCGACUGACUCAGUAGAGGGAAAGGAUUCCCGUAAGAACUCCUGCGCACCGAUUGGCCGCCACGUUGCGGCUGGAAUGGGAUGUUUUCUGGGCGCUGGAGGACAUUUUGUUUGGCGGAGCGGGGGAAAUGCCAAAGCCAAAGCCAAAGCCAAACUCCCAUCUGGGGAAACCAGAAGGCAACUCGUCCGGCCAGAUGCAGCACGAACGUUCCCAGAUCGCCGCGAUCGCAGGAGGUUUGCCGACUUUUGGAGGGAACUGACAGAAGGCUCCACUUUUUCUGUCUCCAGUGAUAAAGUUUUUUUUAUCAUCCUCGUGUGUUGCCCCCCGGCGAUUGUUGCUAUCCAUUUUACCAUGCCAAUGAUGCUGCACUUUCAUGCCAGUGACCGUGGGGUCCAAAUAUAAAGGGCACAGUGCAUUAAAAGGUGUUUUUACAUGGCUUGACCUUUCAUCGCUCCUCUUGAACUUGUUCACCUGUCUCAGUCUUCUCUUCGAACCCUGGCUGUUCCAGGCUGAGUGACUUUCGGAAAUUUAACUGCAGACUAUGAAAAUGCACUUGUGUAAAUGUGUUUAUACUGUUUACUGUAUGUUAUGUUACUGUACAAUAAAAAAUUGUGUGGUGUCGGUUUAAA